AUGUGGACCAGCCUUGACAUCGACGUAAAAUUUGACAAACCAACAAACAUACGUUCUCAGCUACUAGCAUUGAGGAAUGGGACAGCCCGACGACCAUCAGAAGCUAGACUCUCACAGUUUAAAUCUCCACUCGCAAGUUUCGCCUCUGCACCGAGUCUGCCUGAGGAAGGGGGGGAUGAGAAACUAGGAAGCCCGAUGUCAUUCGAUACUAAACCCACGCUUGGCCACGAUGCUCGCUUCACAGCCCUAAAGAACUUCUAUCGCAGCCAGAUUGCUGAAACAUCGUCGUCACCAUCAGAUCACUUGAUGGGAGGCGAAUUUGGGCUAUACUCGUCUCCCAAUGCCUUGAGCCGUAUCAUGUCUCUUUACAAUACAGGGGUAGGGAAUAUGCAUGGCAACAAUAAGAAGAAUAAAUCCAAACCCCCAGUCAUGCGCGAAGCCCUGACGCAGGCGGAGGGGCUAGUUAUACCUGCUGCUGGAUCAGAUGAUGCUAUUAUUGAAAAGAUGGCAGCUGAAGGAUGGGAUGGAUUGGCCUCGAUGGAGCAACGACUGUUCCAGCAACCUUCUACACGCUUCGUUGACGAUUUACUACCACUACCUGUUCUAUUGCGCACAAAGAGAUCUAAAAGAUGCAAGGCUUGCAAGCAUAUCCUUGUCAAACCAGAAGUCAAGCCUCAAUCUACCAGAUUCCGCAUCCGGCUUAUCGCUCUCAGUUACCUCCCACUUACCUCUCUUCGCCCUCUCAACCCAUCCUCGGUUGCUCUUCCGAUUAACUUGGAGGCCCUAGACCCCCUGAGGCCUAUCCAAUUCCUUCUAACCCUAAAGAACCACAUGUUCGACCCUAUUAGAGUCACCCUUGCGACCCCAUCAGUAACACCUGGGCCUGUUGCUACAAAAGUAACAAUACUAUGCCCUCAACUUGAAGUCGGCGCCAACACCGAUGUCUGGGACGAAGCUCUUCAGUCGGGCAAUGCUCCUGACCCACGGUCUUCUAGACACGGUGUAGAGAGAGUUGCAGAAGCGGGCAAAGUAUGGGACAAAGGACGCAACUGGACUACCGUUGCUAUGGAAGUUGUUCCCGGUGCCAUCAAGAAUACGAAGAAUGAACCGGGCCAGGGAGAUAUGAUAGAUGGGGACGAAGAUGUGGUUGAAAUUCCUGUGUUUGUCCGAAUUGAAUGGGAUGCGGAUGGAGGGAAUGAAGACAUGGGCUUCCGUUCGGAAAGCAACAAGAAGGCGGAGUCGGAUACGGUGAAGAGAGAACUGGCGUAUUGGAUGACACUUGGGGUAGGAAGAAUAAAGUCGGACGUUAUAUGA